AGUGCAUGUUGGAAUGCUAGGGAACGAACACACCAAACGGGGACAGAAGUCUAGCCUCUGAGCAAGUUCUACUAUUGCGGGUAUAAUAGAGUAGACUAGUGCCCCCCCCUUAUUUGUCUUGGCAGUGGAUGGCUGCGAUUAAAUAGUUUAACCCUGGCAAAUGCUGGAUGUUCUUCUUUGGUAAAAGCACGAAGUGCCGAGUUACUUCUGGUGCUUCUCAGUUGUGCUCCCAGCGACGUUUCUACUAUAUUCUGGCUUGUGUAUAUAGGUUUUUUGACACUCCCGGUCAACAAAUAUUGUAGACUCUCGCUCUGAAAGACCAUGGCUAACCAAGCUGAUUUGAUGGAACUAGACAUGGCGAUGGAGCCAGACCGCAAGGCAGCAGUUAGUCACUGGCAGCAGCAGUCUUAUUUGGAUUCUGGUAUUCAUUCUGGAGCAACAACAACAGCACCUUCUCUGAGUGGCAAGGGGAACCCAGAUGAUGAAGAGGUUGAUACGAACCAGGUUCUUUAUGAAUGGGAGCAAGGAUUCUCACAGUCCUUCACUCCAGAGCAAGUGUCUGAUAUCGAUGGACAGUAUGCCAUGACAAGAGCACAGAGAGUGAGGGCGGCAAUGUUUCCUGAAACUCUAGACGAAGGCAUGCAAAUCCCAUCUACACAGUUUGAUGCAGCCCACCCAACAAACGUACAGCGUCUUGCAGAACCUUCCCAGAUGUUGAAACAUGCAGUUGUAAACUUAAUCAACUACCAGGAUGAUGCUGAAUUGGCAACUCGUGCUAUUCCUGAGCUAACAAAAUUGUUGAACGAUGAGGAUCAGGUGGUUGUGAAUAAAGCUGCUGUUAUGGUUCAUCAGUUGUCAAAAAAGGAGGCUUCCCGCCAUGCCAUAAUGCGAUCACCUCAGAUGGUGUCUGCUAUUGUUCGAACAAUGCAGAAUACAAAUGAUGUUGAAACAGCUCGUUGUACUGCUGGUACGCUUCAUAAUCUUUCCCACCAUCGUGAAGGCCUCCUGGCCAUUUUUAAAUCUGGAGGAAUUCCUGCAUUAGUAAAAAUGCUUGGUUCUCCAGUAGACUCUGUCUUAUUCUAUGCCAUCACAACUCUGCAUAAUCUGCUGUUGCACCAAGAAGGAGCAAAAAUGGCAGUGCGCCUUGCUGGUGGAUUACAGAAAAUGGUUGCAUUGCUGAACAAGACCAAUGUUAAAUUUCUAGCCAUCACAACAGACUGCCUUCAAAUACUGGCUUACGGCAAUCAAGAAAGCAAGCUCAUCAUCUUAGCUAGUGGUGGACCUCAAGCAUUGGUUAAUAUAAUGAGAACGUAUACCUACGAGAAACUUCUGUGGACCACAAGCCGUGUUUUGAAAGUUCUGUCUGUGUGCUCGAGUAACAAGCCUGCCAUUGUAGAAGCUGGUGGUAUGCAGGCUUUAGGACUUCACCUUACAGAUCCUAGUCAGCGUCUUGUGCAGAACUGUUUGUGGACUUUAAGAAAUCUCUCAGAUGCUGCAACAAAACAGGAGGGAAUGGAGGGUCUCCUUGGAACGCUUGUCCAGCUUCUUGGAUCAGAUGACAUAAAUGUUGUAACAUGCGCUGCUGGUAUCCUGUCAAAUCUGACUUGCAAUAAUUACAAGAACAAGAUGAUGGUUUGUCAGGUUGGAGGCAUAGAAGCUCUAGUUCGAACUGUCCUGCGAGCAGGGGAUAGGGAAGACAUCACUGAACCUGCUAUCUGUGCUCUUCGCCAUUUGACAAGUAGGCAUCAGGAUGCUGAAAUGGCUCAGAAUGCAGUGCGUCUGCAUUACGGUCUUCCUGUAGUGGUCAAGCUGUUGCAUCCUCCCUCUCACUGGCCACUGAUAAAGGCCACUGUUGGUCUUAUCCGCAAUUUGGCACUCUGCCCAGCAAACCAUGCCCCACUUCGUGAGCAAGGAGCUAUCCCACGACUAGUUCAACUCUUGGUGAGAGCACACCAAGAUACACAGAGGAGAACUUCUAUGGGUGGAACACAACAGCAGUUUGUGGAAGGGGUUCGUAUGGAAGAAAUUGUUGAAGGCUGCACUGGAGCUCUUCAUAUCUUGGCUCGAGAUGUUCAUAACAGAAUUGUCAUCAGAGGCUUAAAUACUAUUCCACUUUUUGUACAGCUUCUUUACUCCCCUAUUGAAAACAUUCAACGAGUGGCUGCAGGAGUGCUUUGUGAGUUGGCUCAAGACAAAGAGGCAGCUGAAGCCAUUGAAGCAGAAGGUGCCACCGCUCCUUUAACAGAGUUGCUUCACUCCAGAAAUGAAGGAGUUGCCACUUAUGCAGCUGCAGUGCUAUUCCGGAUGUCUGAAGACAAACCACAGGACUACAAGAAACGUCUGUCAGUCGAACUUACAAGUUCUUUAUUUAGAACAGAGCCUAUGACAUGGAAUGAGCCUGGAGAUCUUGGACUGGAAAUCGGUGCACAAGGAGAACCUCUUGGAUACCGUCAAGAUGAUCCUAGCUAUCGUUCCUUCCACUCUGGCGGAUAUGGGCAGGAUGCUAUGGGUAUGGACCCAAUGAUGGAUCAUGAUCUUGGUGGCCAUCAUCCUGGUGCAGACUACCCAGUUGAUGGUCUGCCAGAUCUGGGACACGCCCAGGAUUUGAUGGAUGGACUACCCCCAGGUGACAGUAAUCAGCUUGCCUGGUUCGAUACUGACUUGUAAAUGGUUUCUUUUAGGUUAGAGGAUGAGAAGCAAGAUUGGAGUUUUCAGUCCCAACUUGUAUAAGCUCUUACAACAAACUUGGAAGAGUAAAAUCUGACUUAAAACUAUGUGCAGCCCAAAACUGACCUACAGCAAAUCACUUCUCUACACCAGAAGAUUAAAGCGCAUUUAAGGGGCUGAUUUUGAUUUUCCUUUACAUUUUUUAAACUUUCUGAAUGGGGAUCAAUGCUGUAAAGUUGCUCUUAUCUUCCUGGAUAGAAAAUCAUUUAAACCUAAAAGUUGAAGGGAGAAAAAUGUGGGUGUUGCAAGUGCCCGGCAUUAAUGGCCUGCAUCUUUUAAACAAGCUAACUAGCUCACAGUAAGUUUUGUCUUCUACAUAAUUGCAUUUUCUCCACAGCUGCAUCAUAUGAACUUGUGUUGAUUGGUCUGUAGAGUUGUGAAGAGGGCUCGAGGGGUGGGCUGGUAUAUCAGAAAGUGCCUGACACUAAGUCUGAGUUUCCUAUGGGAACAAUUGAAAUAAACCUUAUUCUGGUCCUAUUUAGGUUGAGGAGUAGUGCUGAAUGAACUUUUGGGAGUGGCUGCCAAAGUGAAGAAUGCUUUAGAUUAAUGAUGGAAUUUAUUUGGAAAUACUAGCCUUGUGGGUUAACUUUUAAUUUUUCUUUUAAAUGUCUGUAAUGGUACAUACCAGCUUGCAUUGUAGUUUAGACCUGUUUAGAAAUUGGUAUUUCUCAGAUGUCCUCUUUGUAUUAAGUUAAGUGAUAAUGCUGCAGCAGUUAUUUUUAAGUAUCCAUUUUAUGGUGUAGAACACUAAUUCAUAGUCAUUUUACUUGUAUUCUGAAUAAGUGCAACAUUGUGAAGCUUUUUGUAUAAAAACAAAUUGCAGUAGAAGUUAUACAGAUUUUUUAUAUGCUGAAACAGAUUUAUUCCAAAUGUUUUUGAAAACUCAUCUGGGGUGUUGGGAGGGCCAGUAAACUAAUUUUUGCAACCUUGUAUUGAAAGUUUGCCAACUACCUUUUAUUCCAGAGUUGUAGCCUGCUGUGAAACAGAUGCUUCCUGGAACACGCGGUUAUGAGAUGACUAAAGAAAUUAAAUGCAGACUUCAAACCCAGGUGUUUGACUUUUUUAUAUAUAAUAAAAAUAAACCAAGUUGCUGAAA